AUGAAGCUUGUCCGGUUUUUAAUGAAAUGCGCCAACGAGACAGUGACCAUUGAGCUCAAAAAUGGCACAAUUCUCCAUGGAACUAUCACCUCUGUCUCUCCGCAGAUGAACACCUCUCUCCGAACCGUCAAGAUGACCCCCAAGGGCCGUGACCCCAUUUCGCUCGAUACCAUUAAUAUUCGUGGCUCCACCAUCCGCUAUUACAUCCUGCCGGACAGCUUGCCGCUGGAUACUCUUCUUGUCGACGACGCCCCCAAGCCAAAGAACAAAGCCCGCAAGGAGGCGGAUCGUGGGCGGGGUGGCCGUGGUGGCCCCCGGGGUCGUGGUCGUGGUGGCCGUGGUGGCCGUGGGCGGGGCCGUGGAUUCUAA